CUCUUCUUGGCAGGUUGGGCGGAGAAUCUGGCCCACUCUGGCAACACUGAUCUCCAUCCUGGUUCUCAAGGAUGAACCGCUAAUGGCUGCGGAGCUGAGGACUGCUAAGGCUGGCUACUGAGAUAUCCCGGUCGAGCCAUCCGCCCCUCAUUGAAGUGUAACUGAAGCUGCUCUUGAUUGUAGUGGGGAUACGGAGGGCUCCUCCUCACCAUGUCGAAGAGCAAGAGCCCCGAGUCGGUGAAGGUGGUUGUCCGCUGUCGGCCCAUGAACGAGAAGGAACGGGCAACCAAGUUUGAGAGGGUCGUCACUGUGGAUGUUAAACUUGGCCAAAUUAUUGUCAGGAAUCCCAGAUUGGCCUCAGCCCACGAACACCCCAAGGUCUUUACCUUUGACUCGGUCUAUGAUUCAAACUCCAAACAGAUAGAUCUCUAUGAUGAAACCUUCAGGCAGCUGGUGGAUUCAGUUCUACUGGGGUUCAAUGGAACAAUCUUUGCCUAUGGGCAGACUGGCACAGGUAAGACCUACACUAUGGAGGGGGUUAGAAAUGACCCUGAGAGGAGGGGGGUUAUCCCCAAUUCCUUUGAACACAUCUUCACACACAUAUCACGCUCCCAGAACCAACAAUACCUAGUGAGAGCUUCCUAUCUUGAGAUCUACCAAGAGGAGAUAAGAGACUUGAUUUCCAAGGACCAGUCGCAUCGUCUUGAGCUGAAGGAGAGGCCCGACACUGGUGUGUAUGUCAAAGACCUCUCAUCGUUUGUUACCAAGAGCGCCGCGGAGAUCGAGCGCGUCAUGAUCCUGGGGAACCAGAACCGGUCAGUCGGGUCUACCAACAUGAACGAACACAGCUCGCGCUCCCACGCCAUCUUCGUCAUCACGGUCGAGUGCAGUGAGCUGGGCGUGGACGGAGAGAACCACAUCCGGGUGGGCAAGCUGAACCUGGUGGAUCUGGCAGGCAGCGAGAGGCAGGCCAAGACGGGCGCCCAGGGGGAGAGGCUGAAGGAGGCCACCAAGAUCAACCUGUCCCUCUCGGCGCUGGGGAACGUGAUCUCGGCGCUGGUGGACGGCCGGAGCUCCCACAUCCCUUACCGCGACUCCAAGCUCACCCGCCUGCUGCAGGACUCCCUCGGGGGCAACGCCCGCACCGUGAUGGUGGCCAACAUCGGGCCGGCGUGCUACAACGUGGAGGAGACGCUGACCACGCUGCGCUACUCCAACCGGGCCAAGAACAUCCGGAACAAGCCCCGCAUCAACGAGGACCCCAAGGACGCGCUGCUCCGGGAGUUCCAGGAGCAGAUCGCCCGGCUGAAGGAGCAGCUGGAGAGGCGCACGGGGAAGAGGAAGAAGAAGAGGCGGCCCAGGAGGAGGGCCGGGGAGGGCGGUCACGAGGGAGACCUGGAGGACGGAGAGACGGACGAUGAGGAGGAGGAGGAGGAGGAGGAGGAGGGAGAGGGAGAGGGUGGCGACCAGGGGGACUACUGGCGGGAGCAGCAGGAGAAACUGGAGGGCGAGAGGAAGGCCAUCAUGGAGGACCACAGCCUCGUGGCCGAGGAGAAACUGCGGCUGCUCAAGGAGAAGGAGAAGAAGAUGGAGGACUUGAAGAAGGAGAAGGAGGUUGGGGAGAUGCUGUCCGCCAAGGUCAAGGCCAUGGAGAGUAAACUCCUGGUGGGGGGUAAGAACAUUGUGGAUCACACCAACGAACAGCAGAGGAUCUUGGAGCAGAAGAGACAUGAGAUCGCUGAACAGAAACGGCGGGAGCGGGAGAUGCAACAGCAGGUGGAGAAUCGUGAUGAGGAGACCCUGGAGCUAAAAGAGACGUACAGCUCUCUGCAGCAAGAAGUGGACAUCAAAACCAAGAAGCUCAAGAAGUUGUUUGCUAAGCUGCAGGCGGUGAAGGCCGAGAUCCAGGACGUACAGGAGGCUCACAUCAAGGAGCGGCAGGACCUGGAGCAGAGCCAGAACGAGCUGACCAGGGAACUCAAGCUCAAGCAUCUGAUCAUUGAAAACUUCAUCCCCAUGGAGGAGAAGAACAAGAUAGUAAGCAGAGCCUUCUUUGACGAGGAGGACGACCACUGGAAAGUGAAGGCCAUCACACGGCUAGAGGACAACCACCAGAUGAUGUGCAGGCCUGUGUCGGCGGUGGGCUACAGGAGACCUCUUAGCCAGUACGCCCGUGUUGCCAUGGUGAUGAGGUCUGAGGCCCGGUACAAGGCUGAGAACCUCCUGAAGCUGGAGAUGGACCUGCCUGAGCGGACCACCAGGGACUACGAGGAGCCGGCCAUCGCCCCCAACGUGGCGGCGGCCCUGGAGGCGGCCCUCCGAGACGAGGACGAGAUCCAGGUGGACGCCUCGGGCUUCCACAGCAGCCUGGGGCUGACGGGGGGGGCCAGUCCCGCCAGCGCCGGAGGCAGCCUCAGGAAGCCCAAGUCAGGCCGAUCGAAAACGGGCAAGAAGUCGAGCGCCCCGACGUCUCCGUUCAGCCCGUCCAGCCCGGCGUCUCCUCUGUACCCCCAGUCCCGCGGCCUGGUGCCCAAAUGACCCCUCCACUAGUGGCACCAACCCCACCGCCUGGAGGGAACGGGGGAUGGGAUCUGGGUCGGGCUGGUGUUUUAUCUGGAAUACCAUUAUAAUCUUUAUUCCCUGAAGACAAGAAAAGAGUGUUGGUUCUGAUAACCAAAGAUUUCUUGAACAUUUAACACAAAAAACAUGCUGCUGUUGUUUUUACCGAACCCUCCAAAGUCCCUCCACUGAUGGUUCUCUGGUUGUCUGGAGAUGGCUUAACCCUCCUGAGUUACUUAUUGGAUGCAUGCUCUGGCAAUGCACUUCCUCAACUUUAUAAAACUCAACCACACUGGCAUAGUUCUACUCUGAUAUGGGACAGAAUGCCACAAGUCUUGUUUCAAUAUUUAAAUGUGUGUGUGUCUGUGUGUGUGUGUGCGUGUACGUACCUGAAUGUUGAACUUCAUAGGUUUGCAUCAUAUUGCGCUGUUCUCGUUACAUGUUUUGUAGUGGGGAAAUGUGUCUAUUUGUGUUUUUCUUUCUGCUGAAGCACUAUGUGUAACGAGGGCAAAUGGCCAACUUGGUCAAGUGGCUGUAAUUGCUAAGGUGCUGGAAAAUGCUAGAGGGGGUUACUUCAAGAGAGUGCAGCACAUACACUACAUGUUUGUGUAUUGUUCUUGGAGCAG